AUGGAGCUCCUCCUAUCCAACUUAUCUAGGGUUCAGAUCCCCAAACCAACCCACCGCAUCUACAAGCGUGAGUGUUGCAUCUCCUUCGACACUCCGAGAUCCGAAGGAGGAUUGUUCGUAGACAUGAACAGUUUUCUUGCUUUUAGGAAGGAUUACGUUGUUUGGAAUUACGACAAGACCGGAAACCCUGUUUAUCUUCACAUUAAGGAGACUGCAAAGCCUUUGACUAGAGGAGUCGAUGACAAGAAAAAGUCUGCGUACGAGGAAUCUUAUAGCAUAGUCAUACUUCCGGACUUUGUUUCACUUCCAUUCCCUUGUGAUAAACUACCAGAGACGGUGAGGAUUGCUGUUGAUACAGUUCUGAGUGCCGUAGGCGCUGAGCGGGAAGACCAAGCCGCAGCUUGGUCAGCUGAGAAGAAGGAAGUUAGUAAACAUGCAUAUACACUGAAGCAGAUCAACAAUGGCCUUAUCAUCCCUCCCUCUGGAUGGAAAUGUGCAAAGUGUGAUAAGAAGGAGAAUCUCUGGCUUAAUCUUACCGACGGAAUGAUUCUAUGUGGAAGAAGCUACCGAGAUGGAACUGGUGGUAACAACCAUUCAGUUGAGCACUCCGAGGACACAGGCUAUCCUCUUGUUGUAAAGCUUGGAACAAUCACACCUGAUUUGGAAGCACCAGGUUUUUGUUCCUAUGAUGAAGACGAUGUUUAUGACCCGCUCCUGCCUAAGCAUCUGGCACAUUUUGGAAUUGACUUUUCCUCGAUGCACAAGUUUAUGGACCUGGAUAUACCGGACUUGUCAAUCUUGGGAGCAGCAACGUUGCAGAUUGUCUUCUCGACCCAUUCGUUUAUUUCAAGAUACUUUUCACAACAGAGCUUAAAGAUGGCCUUUGAGAUGGCUACAGCUGAUCCAGCUUUGGACCUCAACAUGCAAUUAACAAAGCUUGGGCAUGGUUUACUAUCAGGGGAAUACUCUAUGAGACAAGAAGGAAUAGCUCCUCGGAUGUUCAAAUCGCUAAUUACUGCAGGCCAUGCAAAAUUCUUUUCUAUGAGACAGCAGGAUGCUCUUAAAUUUUUCCGCCACUUGCUAGACAAGGUUGAGCGUAGUAGCAGCAACAUGAGACCAGAUUUAGACCCCUCGAGGAGCUUCAAGUUUGGAGUAGAAGAAAAGAUCCUUUGUCCAUAUGGACAUGUCAGAUAUAUUAAGAGGGAAGACUGUAUUAUCUCUUUGAGCAUUCCGUUGCAUAAGGCAACUAAUAAAGAUGAAUGGGAAGCCUUCAACAACAAGAAAGCAGCAAAAAAGGAUAUCUCAACUGAUGAAAUUGUACGGCCACGAGUUCCUUUAGAAGCUUGUCUAGCAACUUUUACAUCAUCAGAGAAGUUUAUUGAUUAUUAUUGCACUGCACUGAAGCAGAAGAUAACAUUGAUCAUCAAGAAAGUUAGACUGACAUCGUUCCCAGAGUAUUUGGUCUUGCACAUGCAGAAGUUUGUUAGGGAGGCAGGCGGGGGAAGCCCAGAGAAACUUGAUGUGUACAUUGAUGUGCCGGAUGUGAUUGAUAUCAGCCACAUGCGCAGCAAAGAACUUCAACCGGAAGAAGUUUCACAGACUCCAGCUCAAAGUGGAUUACCAGAUGGAGGAGGGAGAUUCAAACUGUUUGGGAUAGUAAGUCACAUCGGAACAUCAACGCAAUGUGGUAAAUAUGUGGCACACAUAUUGAAAGAAGGUCGUUGGGUUAUUUUCAGUGACAACAAAGUCAGUAUCUCGGCAGAUCCUCCUAAAGACAUGGGUUAUCUCUACUUCUUUCAGCGUCUCGACGAUUGA